AUGGCGAAGUCGAGGAAGGCGUGCAGAGAACGUGCGGGCGGGGGGCGCGUGCAGACGCAGACGAGCGCGCACGUAGACGCGCGCGGGGGCGCCCGGGGCGAGGAGAGGAGGGUCUGCGGGAGCCGCCGGCGCUGGGGGGUGGUGGUGGGCGGGCCUGCACAGGGCGGGGCUGUCUCAGCUGCCCGAAGCCGGUCGUGCCGGGCUUACCCUGCGCCCGCCGUGGGGGGGGUAGGCGGGCCUGCACGGGGCGGGGCUGUCUCAGCUGCCCGAAGCCGGUUGUGCCGGGCUUACCCUGCGCCCGCCGUGGGGGGGUGUAGGCGGGCCUGCGCAGGGCGGGGCUGUCUCAGCUGCCCGAAGCCGGUUGUGCCGGGCUUUCCCUGCGCCCGCCGCCGAGGGUGCCAGUGCGGCCUGAGCCCCGAGCCGGUCCCGCCACCCUGUCGCGGCGGCGACCGCGGGGAGCCGCCGGCACGGCUGGACAAGGGCGACGAGGCCUUCCGCGCGGGCGAGUACGACACGGCGGCCGAGCUCUUCCGCUCGACGCGGGCCGGCCUGGCGUAGCCAGACCGCGGCCUGUGGCUGCGGGGGGACGCGCUGGCCCGCGCGGGCCGCCUCCCCGAGUGCCUGGGCGCGUUCCGCGGCGCCGCGCGGCUGGGGACGCAGCGGCUGGACGAGCUGGGGGAACUGACGGCCAGCCCGCGCGCCCUGGGCCCGCGCGAACUGCGGGAAAGCCCGGGCUUGCCCCCCCGGGAGGCGCCCCGGGACCUGCUGGGCUGCCCGCGCUGCCGUUGGCUGCUGCACAAGCCGGUGACGCUACCGUGCGGGUUCACCGCGUGCGGGCGCUCCGCCGAGCCGGGCCCGCGCCGGGUCAUCGUGGUGCUGAGCGGCCUGCUGGAGAAGUCCUUCCCGGGCGAGUGCUGGGCGCGCAGGCUGGCGGGCCAGGCGCGGAACCCGCAGCGCCAGCGGCAGCCCGAGGCCGCGCUAGCCAGGUGUCAGCAAGCCCUGGACCCGGCUCCUGGUGAUAAUUCAUUAUUGCUGCUGUGAGCAGAGUUGUAUUUAUCCAUGAAGAACUAUGAACAGGCUCUGCAGGAUGCUGGUGAAGUUUGUCAGAACGAACCUCUCUUGUCUAAGGGGCAUCAUGUGAAAGCCCAGGCUCUCUCUGGACUGGGAAGAAGUAAGGAGACGUGGAGGGAGUUUCUCUACUGCCUUGCUCUAAAUCUUGAGUGUAACUCAGUGAAGAAAGCAGCCCAGAAGGUACUGUGUGAGGUGUUUUUCCCAGCCUCAGAAUACAUGCCUCAGAAUUUAAUAUCUUUAAAAAAAAAAAAAAAGAAUUUAACAUCUUCCACCCAAAGUAUACUGUUGAACGUGAGACUAAAGGCUCAAUAUCAGAGCCAUGUGAACAGCCAGGGUCCUGUGGAGGAAGGUGGCAGUGCAGGAGGGUCUAAGAAUCCAUCUGAGAAACCUGAUGUGUUUAGAAAUAGCAGUUCCUCAGUUUUGCGUUUCAUCCUGGGCUUACACUGUGAAGAGGAUCAGGAGGUGUUAGACGGCAUCCUUCCAACGGAGCCCAGCGCUGGUUUAAAGAGACAGUUUCCAAAUGACUCAGAGGAUGCACAUGCUGUGAAUGCCCCUGGGAAAAUUCCCAGGAAAGAGGCCGACUCCUUACCCCAAAGAAAUGUGAACUCUAACACAGGAGAAAGUGAAGAGCUCCCCAUAGAGGUGGCUGACUUUGAGUGUGCCCUUUGUAUGAGGUUGUUCUUUGAACCUGUGACUACGCCCUGUGGACACAUGUUUUGCCUGAAAUGCCUCGAGCGCUGCCUGGACCACGCCCUGCAUUGUCCCUUGUGCAGAAGUAAAUGCUCAGACUUGUUAGCAAGCAGAAAAUUUAAUACAACUACUCUGGCCGAAGAAUUAAUAUUUCGGUAUUUCUCAGAUUAGCUGUCUGACAGAAAGAGAAUCUGUGAUGAAGAAAUGACGGAGCUGUCACGUCUGACCAGAGAUGUGCCCAUCUUUGUGUGCGCCAUAGCCUUCCCCACCGUGCCCUGCCUGCUCCACGUCUUUGAGCCCCGCUAUUGGCUUAUGAUACGAAGAUGCCUGGAAACAGGCACCAAAUGGAGUGGCAUGUGUUUAUCUGCUGAGCACGUGGGGGUCUCAGAGUACGGCUGCAUGCUGGCAGUCAAGGACGUCAGGACAUUCCCCGAUGGCGGCUCCGUCAUUGAUGCCGUGGGGAUCGGCUGCUUCCGGGUUUUGAGCCACCGUCACAGAGACGGCUACAAGGCAGCCAUUGAAUACUCAGAAGAUGAAAGGGUGGAAGGCCCAGAGUGCGAGGAACUCGGCAUGCUGCGCGAUUCAGUUUAUCAGCAGUCUGUGUCCUGGUUCGCGUCACUUCAGGAUCCCAUGAAAGAGCAGAUUUCAAGCCAUUGUGGGUCAGUGCCAGACAGAGAACCUGAGCCUCAGAGUAACCCUGGUGGUCCCAUGUGGUCCUGGUGGAUGCUGGCGGUGUUGCCAUUGGCAUGGAAGGCUCAACUGACCACACUGGGCAUGAUCUCGGUGAAGGAGCACCUGCUUGCCAUUUGGCGAAUAUUAGUCAUCAUCACGCGUAAGAGGAAUAGUCAGCAGGAGCGCGUUAAUAGCAAGGAGAGAAGUAGUUGA